CGGAAGUUGGUGUUUGCUGAAAAUGGCGACCCCCUAUGUGUCAGAUGAAUCUGGGAAAUAUAUCGCCGCCACCCAGCGACCGGACGGGACAUGGAGGAAACCACGGCGGGUGAAGGAUGGAUACGUCCCGCAGGAGGAGGUACCGGUUUAUGAGAACAAGUAUGUGAAGUUCUUUAAGAGUAAACCAGACUUGCCGCCGGGCAUGAACCCUGAUGAUGCCGCUUUGGCCCGACAGCAGCAGCAGCAGGUUUCGGGUGGAACAGACAGUGCUGGACUCUCCAAAACAGCCAAACGCAACAUGAAGCGCAAAGAAAAACGCAAACAACAAAACGAGCAAGAAGCCAGUGUGGAAGUGGAGAGCUUGAGUCAAGAUAUGGAUGGCAUGAAAAUUGCUGAAGAGGUGAGGGUUAAUCCCGACGGCACAGAUCUGGCCGCAGCUGCCGUAGAGAAAGCCAAGAAGAUCAAGAACCUGCGGAAGAAGCUGCGUCAGGUCGAGGACCUCCAGCAGAAGGUGGAUUGUGGAGAGCUGAAAAGCCCCAGCAAAGAACAGCUGGACAAACUGGGGCGGGGCGAGGCGUUACGGGCGGAGCUUCAGCAGCUGGAAGGGCAUUUGUGAGAUGAACUGUCAAUCGAGGCAGCGGGGGCGUGUUUUGGAUUUCAACAGCAGAGUCUGUUUCCAUCAUCAUCACAUCAAGGUGCAUUUAUAUGUACAGUAAAGCCGUUAGCAGCUGUAACCACUUCAUACUUGUGUUUUAUACGUAAUGAAGACAUGUGGCGACAUCUUGCGCUCCAGACUCUUGAUGCAGGUCAUUUACAGGACCUGUUUGAGUGCAGAUGGUUUCCACUCUUUCAUCCAAACAGUAGUUCAGAGUGAAUGUUAGUUAUAAAUGAGCCUGUGCUGUAGAGACGUAUGGACUAAAACUCCCUGUUGUCUUUUUUUUACCACCGUAGUGAAUAAUGUUAUGAAACAUGAAUCUGUACAAUUGUGUUAUUAAACAUAGCAUAAAAAUCUUCCUGUUUCAUAUUCCUGUCUGUUACACAGCGAAUGUUUUACUGAGUCACUGAAGGUGUUCUAACCUGCAGGAACACAAGGGUCACAGGGUCAAUUUCUGUUUAGUCCAUUAAUUAUUAAAGAGCUGCUGCAUGUUCUAAUGUCUCUCUUCACUGUCACAUUGAGGUCCUGUGAAUGAAUCUUUCAGAGAUUUCACUGGUUAAAUGAAACAGUAGCUGCUGCAAUUAAAAGACCUGAGAAGAAACGAGGCUCGUUAUCAGCAGCACUUAACAACUCUAACUCGGGCCUCUAAUGGGACAUUUAUAUAUUAUACUUUUUUAAAGUGACGAUUCUGCAAUUUUUUGUUCAGUUUAGCAGAAUAAUGUUUCCACAUUCAAAUUUAGUAAAAAAAAAA